AUGGCGCUACCCGGUGUUUUACUCGUGCGGCUCAGAGCACUGUGCAAUAUUACAAAAUGUGCUCAUUCAGGCGGCCAAACUACGUCCAGCUGGAGCAGAGAAUUGCGCUGGUACAGGACAAAAACCCGGGGCUCCCAGGAAAACGAUACACCAUAUUUGCAGAGAAAUAAAGGUAAGGAGAGCCUUGACCUCUUGAAGGAGUUCCCAGAUCCUAAAAGUCUCCUGAACAGCACAAUCUCCCGUUCACUGGGAGUCAGCGACAUGUCCCAGUUCAUCCAGUACAGCUGCACUGAACAUGCAGGGCUCAAGAAAGCCGUUGUUUCACUUCAGUGGCCCUGCAAGAUCGAAGAGGUUGGUCGUGCAUCCAGGAAGAGUGAUGCAGAGCGACUUGCUGCAGCUGCUGCAUGUCUCAAGCUAAAGGAAAUGGGUGUCAUUGGUCCAAACAAUCAGCCCCCUAGAAGUAGAGCUGGAAGAGGGGGACUAACGUCAGCUCUUUAUGGAGAUGAAGGCUUGACAGAAAAUUUCCACAUGCCUACACAAAAAGCAGGAGACAAAGAGCCUCCUGAAGUGGACACCUCCUGCAUCUCUGAAGCUCUCUCCCUGUUCCCACAACCCAAAUCCCUCCUCACCAGGGUCAUCCAGGUGGCCACGUCAUCCAACAGAGUCAGGGAGCUGAUGCAGUUCAGGACAACAGGAGGAAAGUUCAAGAGCUGUGAGCUGACCCUGUCCUGGCCUGAGGAGAUGAAGUUCUCAGCUACAGCUAGAAAUCGAGUGAUGGCAGAAAAAGGAGCAGCAGCUCUGGCUUGCAUGAAACUAAAGGAGCUGGAGCUGCUUGACAAGGACAACAACCCACUGACUCAUGCCAAGUACCAUCGAGGGGAGGUGAGGGAGGCUGUACAGCGAGACAGACGUCCCUUCUCACUGGAAGUCCCUGAGUACCUGGAAGAACAAAUGAGACAGUACCUUGCAAAGUAUCCAGUGGCAACAGAAGUUCAGAAGCUGUGGGAGGAAGAAGAGGCAGGAGGACAGCAGUCGGUGAACCAGGAGGAGGAAGAGGAAGAAGAGGAAGACAUGGUGACUGAUGCCAUCACAGGCAAACCUUACAGGCCUCUGUCUGAACACGAGAUCCGACAGCUCAACACCCGUCUGAUGGAGAGAUGGGAGAGAGUAAACCCUGAGCUGAGUGUGGAGCUCCCUGUGGACGCCCACCGUCGCCGUGUGGUGUCAGCAGUUCAGUCCUCCAGGGUGGUCGUGAUCGAUGGUGAAACGGGAUGUGGAAAAACAACUCGGAUCCCUCGCUUCCUGCUGGAGGAGUGCGUGAGACGAGGCGAGGGAGCCGAGUGCAACAUCCUGGUUACACAGCCUCGAAGGAUCAGCGCUGUGUCUGUGGCUCAUCGGGUUGCUCAUGAGAUGGGACCAGCACUAAAACACUCUGUGGGAUAUCAGGUCAGACUUGAAAGCCGUCCACCAGAGCAGAGCGGGGGAGCCCUUCUCUUCCUCACAGUGGGUGUCCUGCUGAGGAAGCUGCAGUCUAACCCUUCCUUGAAGGGAAUCAGCCAUGUGGUGGUGGAUGAGGUUCAUGAGAGAGACAUCAACACAGACCUGCUGCUGGCUCUGCUGCGCUCUAGCCUAAAGGAGAACCCCGACCUAAAAGUGGUGCUAAUGAGCGCUACAGGGGACAAGGACAGACUGGUUCGGUACUUUGGAGACUGCCCAGUCGUCAAAGUUCCUGGGUUCAUGCACCCAGUGAGGGACAGAUACCUGGAGGAUGUAUUAAGGGAGUUGGGUCGCCCUUUGUCGAGUGUCCAAUAUGGAGAGCAGGAAGACAAGCAGAGAGGAAAAGAGGAGCUGUCACCAGACGUAGAUUUAGUGGCAGAUUUAAUCGAACACAUCGACAAGCAUGGAGAGCCGGGGGCGGUAUUGUGUUUCCUCCCUGGAUGGCAGGAUAUAAAAGCUGUUCAGGAGACCCUGGAGUCCAGGCCUCACUUUUCCCCAGGCUCACACAUGAUCCUACCACUACAUUCUAGUUUAUCAGUAACAGACCAGCAGGCUGUAUUCCAGCGCCCCCAAGUGGGCCAAAGGAAGAUUGUCCUCACCACUAAUGUUGCAGAGACCUCCAUCACCAUUGAUGAUAUUGUUCAUGUGGUGGACACAGGAACUCACAAAGAACAGAAUUAUGACCCACACACUAAGGUCUCCUGUCUGGACACAGUCUGGAUUUCUCGCUCUAAUGUCACCCAAAGAAAAGGGAGAGCAGGGCGAUGUCAACCGGGACAGUCCUACCACCUCUUCCCACAGAAACAGCUAAAAUCUAUGACUCCCUUCCCCAUUCCAGAGAUCCUCCGCACCCCGCUGGAGAAUUUAGUCUUACAGGCCAAAAUCCAUAGUCCUAACUGCAAGGCUGUAGCUUUCUUAUCCCAAGUUUUGGACUGUCCAGAGAAAGAAGCUGUGAGAGACGCUGUCCGUAAUCUCCAAGAUAUUGGAGUUCUGGACAAGACUGAAACCCUGACUCCUCUUGGAGAGCACAUUGCCUGCAUGUCAUGUGACCCACGUCUGGGCAAAGUGCUGGUCCUCAGUGCCAUGUUCAGAUGUGUUCUGCCCAUGCUGGCUGUGGCUGCAUGUCUGACUAGAGAUCCUUUUCACAACAGUCUGCAAAACAGAGCACUUGUCACCAAGGCAAAAGAGGCUCUGAGUGGCUCCAGCUUCAGCGACUAUUUAGUGUUUGUUAGAGCCGUGUUGGGCUGGAGGAGAGCUCAGCAGGAGGGUGACAGAGAGGACAGAGAUGAAUAUUUGGAGAGGCACACUCUGUCCAAGUUCAGCCUGAGAUUUAUCAAUGGUCUCAUCUCUCAGUUCAGUGAAAAUCUGCAUGAAGCCAUGCUGGUGUCUCGUGCCAAUGAGUGCCAGCGUCACUCUUCUCUCUACAAUGAGCAUAGCAAUGAGGAUGAGCUGCUGAAAGCUGUACUGCUGGCUGGACUCUAUCCAAACCUCAUUCAGGUGAAGAAAGGUGUUGUGACUAAAGGACGCUUCCGCCCUGACAGUAUUUCUCUCUGCACUUUCAGUGGACCUGUGCUGCUCCACCGCUCCUCUGUGAACAGAGGAAAAUCAGAGCUCCCCUGUCGCUGGCUGACCUUCUUCAGUGCUGUCAAAUCCAAUGAAAAUGUUUUCAUCAGAGACUCUUCAGCCGUCCAUCCCCUCGCCCUGCUGCUGCUCACAGACUGUGACAUCACAGAGACAGUAAAUGGAGACAGAGUGGAAGUGUCACUUCCUGGGCGACCUCUGGUGCGUUGUGAACUGCCUGUAGACACCUGGGAGCUUCUUUGGGAGCUACGCACAUCCGUUCAGACAAUGCUGUACCGCAAUCUCAGCAAUCCACGCAACGCCAUCACCUAUUCCUCUCAAGACGGAGAGCUCAUCUCUUUACUUGUGGAGCUGCUCAACGAGACAGACUCUAACCCUUUCAGUCAGACCCACAACAGUGACAGCGAGGUGGAUUAAUGUCCCUGAAAGCACUUUCUACGUGUGUGUGAUGGAUCUGCUGGCUGGUACCAAGUUUCCAGAGAGGAUGAUGUCUGUAUAUUUUCUUUUUCGUUAAAGAGUACCUGUGAGUACCUGAGAAAGUAUAAUAUAUGCUAUAAUAUAUGCUAAAAUGGACUUGUUGAGAGACAAAAUCUAAAGCAGACUGUUGUCUGCUGUUAUUUUUGGGGUAAAUGAUGAACUAAAUGUGGAUAAAUCCAUAGCUGUGGGUUUUGGACUGUGGUUUCUUUUUUCUUGUUUGCUUUUAGUGAGAAGCAGAAGUUGAAUAUUACUCAGAUGAGUAAAGGCAAAGGACAACUGGCCAAAGGUCAAAGACUGUGUGCAGAACAUAGUAUAUUUAUUGAAAUAAAUAUUUACAUGCUGA